AGUUCAGAACAUCUCCACUGCGCAUGCGCACCAGGUCAAGACACGACUAAUCCAUCGUGUCAUCAAACGAGCUGAAGAAGUACAAGCAGGAGGAAUUACUCCAGGAGAAACAACUGACAUACUAUUGGAAAGAUGGAGUUUGAGGAAGAACCCUUCAGAAUGAGAGAUGAAGAUACAGAGGAACAAACAGACUCAACGGAAGUGAAUAAGGACAAGCAGCAUCAAUUUCAAAACCCCUACGUCACAAAUAAAGAUGGAAAAGCUAGCAUUUCAAAGACUGAGCAGAAUUUCACACAGAAACAAGCUGGAAAAACUGGAGUCAAACGAUCUUUCGCCUGCAGUCAGUGUGGAAAGAGUUUCAUUCAGAAAGGAAACCUUACUGUGCACAUGAAAUCUCACACUGGAGAAAAACCGUUCACAUGUGCUCAGUGUGGACAGAGUUACGCACAUAAAUCAAAACUCAAAAGACACAUGAGAGUUCACACUGGAGAGAGGCCUUAUACAUGCACUCAGUGUGGAAACAGUUUCAUUUAUAAAGAACACCUAAAUGAUCACAUGAGAAUUCACACUGGAGAAAAACCGUUCGCAUGCACUCAGUGUGGAAAGAGAUUCAGAUGCAAAAACGUCCUCAAAGAUCAUCUUCUCUCUCACGCUGGAGUGAGAUCAUUCAGCUGUGAUCAGUGCGAUAAAUCAUUUGUUGUGUCAUCGAGCUUAAGAACACAUCUUAAAGUUCAUGCUGCUGUGAAGCCUCACUUUUGCUCUCUAUGUGGAAAGAGUUUUUUAACACCGUCUACUUUAAAAGAACACGAAAGUAUUCAUACUGGUAUGAAACCUCAUAUGUGCUUCGACUGUGGAAAGACCUUUACUACAUCGAGCAGCUUAAAAACACACCAGAUGAUUCACACUGGAGAGAGACCUUACAAGUGCUCACAGUGUGGAAAGAGUUUCAUUUACUCUUCAUCCUUGAAAAAUCACGAGCGAGUUCAUACUGGAGAAAAGCCGUACCAGUGCUCUUCAUGCGGGAAGAGUUUCACUAAAUUAGGUAAUCUACAGCGUCAUAGGAAUAAACAUUGCACAAAGGCAUCUAAGUGAUCAAUGGAUCAUUUUUCUUAAAUAAUCUUUUCAAAACGGUCAAACUUUAGUUCAGAACCUAACAUAAUAAUACAGAAAUUUGCAACAUUUCUACAGUAAUUCCGUCAAUUUAUAUACCAAAUCUAUCAAAACAAUAAGAUGUAGCUGAACACCUGUUAAUGAGUAAUUUGUAGCGUGUUGCCAUAAACUGCUAUGAUGUAUGAAGGGAAAUGUUUGUUUUUAUGAGUCACAUUAAUUGUGGAUGUGAGCAUUUGUGUAACUGGCAACAUCAGUCCAUUAAAUCAUCAUCCAAAUGACAGAUACUUGAUUUUAUCCUGUUUAGAGGUGAUGCAUUGAGAACAUAUUGUGAAAAGACCUUCUUGGAGUGAAAUUGCUCAGAGAAUCACAAUGUUCAUGAACUGUUUUAUGAUGUUUAUAAACAGUCUGUAUGAAAAUAUUUCAAAAUCGGCAAGUUUGGUCAUGGCAUAGCUUAUGGAUGAAUGGGGUUUGUUGAUGACAUUUUCUGACGUCUUAAAUGUUGUGUGCAAUGCACUAAUUGCACAUUUUGAAACUAUGAGAAAUAAAAAGGAAUAAAACAAAUUGUAUGAUUCGUUAAUUUAAUGUACUGCAGUUUGCAUGAAAUCAAAGGGUUAACAUUUUAUUUAACAUUACAAUUAUUUUAUUGCAUUUAUUCUAUUUUAUUUUCAUUUUUUCUACUACCAACAGCAAUCCACAUUUUUUCCCCUCCAAAAAUUGUAUAAUCGCAAAUUGCUAGCCUCAUACUAUUUCAAAGAAUAUUUUAAUUUCAUUAAUUAAACAAAGAAAUGUUCUAGAUUCAGUUUUGUUUAGAAAAUAAAACAUUAUUUUAUUUUCAUUAAAACAUUAUUUUCUAACUCAUCUGUUUUUCUGUAAAUUAUUAUGCAACAGUCUGACACACAGAACUGGAGUUUUUAAGUUAAAUGCUCAUCUCUGUGAUUUGCAAACUAUUUGUGAUUUGUGAUUUGCAAACUGUCUUUACUUUUCACACAUUUGCACGUUUAAUGGAUGUCUGAUUACAGCAUUCAACCCUCGUCAAUGAUCUUUCAGCUUCACACUCUUCAAGAAUUGAUAGUUUAACAGUGCUAGAAAUCUAGAGCUCAUUUCUGAUUGUAAUGACACUUUUGAGAAGACAACAACUAAAAUACCAUGAAGAAAUAACAGUUAGAUGAACACAAUGCUGCAAACUUAAUUUGUAAACGUUUCAAUUUGCACCCAACUGUUAUAUUAAACUUUAAACUAUAGGUUAUAUUGUAAACAUGUAAACUU